AUGUGCGCGGAGAGUAGCAGUGAGGGCCAGCCGCACAUGCUGAUAGUCGGUGCAGGUUGCACUGGUGCUUUGAUUGCUGCCAUGAUCCCAAGAGAAGCCACACGGCGUGGCAAGCCCCGGCCACGUAUUUCCGUCUGGGAGUGGGGUCGGGGGCCUGCAGGUCGCAUGACGAGCUUUUGGGCAGAUGUGGAAGGCGAACGGGUGGUGGCAGAUGUCGGGGCGCAAGUCAUCUCCCUGCAAGACCCACGGCGCCUGCCGGAAUGGAUGGAGCCGCACGUGAUGGCCGCCGAUGGUCUUGGCCUCUCCAACACGGAGGAGCGUGAGCCCACGUGGCAUCACUUCUGCACGCCCAAUGGCCUUCCAGCUCUGCAGCGUGCCUCCCUUCAAGAAGCGCAGCCUGACGAGCUGCACUUUCAUCGUCGCGUGGUUGAGCUGACAUGCGCGGGAGGUCGCUGGAAGGCAGGCUUUGCGGGAGAGCGCGGUCGCAGAUCGGUUGGGUCGCAAGAGUUCUCACUGGUGGUCUUUGCGGGCACGGCAUCCGAUGCGAGCAGUCUCGAGGGGCUAUGUUCUGCCCUGGCUCCGAGGCAGCUGCACGCGCUGAAUGCGGUCAGAUACGACCACCGCUUGUGCGUAGCCCUGAUCCUGAAGCAGCAGAUGAGUGGUCAUCUGGAGGCGCUGUGCCACGGGAAUGCGGAGCUGCUGAUGGAGGGCCCCCUUCGUCUUCUGGCGCGGCAGGAGGUCAAAGGACGCCGAGCCCGAGGCGGCUGUGCGGUCGUCCUUCAUAGCUCGCCAGCCUUCGCAGCGGAAAACCUUCAGUUGGCCAAGAGACAGAACACGCCACCCGCAGUGCUGGGAAGGCAACGCUUGACCGAGCGCUUGGCCGAGCUGUUGAAGAUGCCCGUUGCUCAGCUGGAGGCGGCUGUGCUGGAGAGUAAAGUCGUGCACUGGCGCCAGUGCCAAGUCAAGAGGCCGCUCGCCUCAGACGCGCGGUCUGAGGCCUGCCUCGUGGCCGAGGGAGCGCCGAACCUCAUCCUUGCGGGCGACUACCUGGCCGGGGCCACCGCCGGGUCCUUCGAGGGCUGCCUCGAGUCUGCGGAGGCAGCGGCCGCGGCGGCUGUGGAAGCCUUGUCCCAGGGGCACCGGCCGAGGCGAUGGGGCUACCGGGAGGAGUAUUCCAAGACCUACAGCUUCAUGGCCGAGAGAUCGGAGUGCGAUGGCCAGUGCACGUACUGCCGGCACUCCAACAAUCAGCACAAGUGGGCAGAGAUCCGCACCAAGAUCGGGCACUACGUGUACCGAGAGAACGAAGAGGAUGACUCCUUGCUGGCGCUGGCGGAGCACCGGGAGGUGCAGGAUCUCAUCAACUGGUCCUGGCUGAAGGGAGUGAACUUCGAGUGCAUUUUGGGCAUCAUCGCGCUGAGGCUGCUGUCUUUCGGAUACUCGGACCCGCUGCAGUUCAACGCGGACGACCCUGACUUCGACGUCCUCGACUUCUUGGACACGUUCAACGCCCACUCAGGAGCCCUAGACCUUCUCACUUCCUCCUGGGCAGCACUGCUGGCCGGCGGCUGGCCGGUCUUCAAGCAGGUCCACCUGGUCGGCAAGAAGCUGAUCGACGUGAUGGAUGAUAGGCCCAUGAAGUAUCCGGGGCUGCAGCAACGGCCCAACGAGUGCGACGAGCUCGACAGCGAGGAGGAUCUGAACUACCGUGACGCCUUGCUCUACGCGCACUCGCAGGGCGAGAUGUUGGCGCCCGGGGUCCACCUUCUGGCGCUGCGGCGCGGGUCUGGCUGUCCCGUAGGGAACGCCGUGGCCCUGCUGUCCCUGGCCUUGGACACGGUCCGCACGAGGGGAACCUACCAGGGCUCUCUGAAAGACACGCAGAACAUGGUCUACUCCCUGAUCGUCUCAGCACAGGACACCAUCAAUGCAUGGGUUACGUCCAAGCUAAACUGGUCGCCCUUCUUCGACCUCUUCACCACCAAGUGGCCACUCUGGGAAGUGCUUUCCCAGCUGGCGUGCGUCGACACAACGAGGCCCUGCGUCACCCGAUCCGCGCUGCAGUGCUACGACUUCAUCCACCGACGAGAUGUGCCCUGCCCGCACCGCCGACCGGCCUUCCGGAGCAUCUUUGUCGGCUGCGGCGAGCACGACAUCUGCACUUGGCCUGACUUCAUGGGCACGAUGGAGCCGCAGACUUGGUGCGUGGCGCGCGGCCAGCGGCCCUCCCAACCCAUCAGGCCCUGGCUAGCCGAGAUGAGCCACGACAUGGAGGAGCGAGUGUGCAGCCAGUGCGGGCAAGACGGGGUACUUGCGACUCCGGCAUAUUCCGGCAUCAUGCUUGCAGUCUUCUUGAGCCUCUGCGCCUUGGCAUCCGCCCAGCAGAUUGGAACCCAUGAGCAGGAAGCACAUCCCGAGAUGGCCCUCUGGACCUGUGAUGCUGGAGGUUGCUCUAAGGAGAUGAAGUCCGUAGUGCUCGAUGCGAACUGGCGCUGGCUCCACAACGGCCAGUACACGAACUGCUACAAGGAUGGUGACUGGGACAAGACCUUGUGCCCCGACCCCGUCACAUGCGCCUUGAACUGUCACAUGGAGGGCAACUCGGAGAAGCAGUACAAGAGUACCUAUGGCAUCCAGUCGAUUCAGGAUGGCAUCGAAUUGGACUUUGUAACUACAACCAAGUACGGAUCCAACUAUGGCUCUCGGGUCUACAUGCUGGACGACGAGAACAACUACCAGAUGUUCAAGCUCAAGAACAGGGAGUUCACGCUGACGGCAGACAUGGCGAAGAUGCCCUGUGGCCUGAACGGUGCAGUGUACUUUGUGGAGAUGGAUGCAGAUGGUGGGAAGGCUCGGAGUGGGGGAACCAAUGCAGCCGGAGCCAAGUAUGGCACGGGCUACUGUGAUGCACAGUGCCCUCAUGAUAUGAAGUUCAUGAACGGUAAGGCCAACAUCGUCGGCUGGAAUGCCAGCCACGACCCUCCCAUCGGAUCCUGGGGCAUCUGCUGUGCAGAGAUGGAUAUCUGGGAGGCCAACAGCCGUGCCACCGCCUACACGCCGCACCCUUGCUCCAUCACCGGUCCAUACGUCUGUGAGGGCACCGAGUGCGGUGACAAUUCCGAGGAUGCACGCUACGAUGGUGUCUGCGACAAGGAUGGCUGCGACUACAACCACUACCGCCUUGGUGACAAGGAGUACUAUGGUCGUGGCAACGGCUUCACAGUCAACUCCAAGAAGAAGCUGACUGUUGUCACGCAGUUCAUCACCGAGGGAAACACGGAUGAUGGAGACCUCAUCGACAUUCGACGUUUCUACGUGCAGGAUGGGCGGGUCAUCCCAAACUCCAACAUCUCCAUUGCAGGCAUGGUCGGCGAUUCCGUCACCGAUGCCACCUGUGCGGCAAUGAAGUCAGCCUUCGGAGACAUCAACGACUUCGCUCGGAAGGGUGGCCUGAAGGCUAUGGGGGAAGCCUUGCAGCGAGGCAUGGUGCUUGUGAUGUCACUCUGGGACGACUCAGAUGCCAACAUGCUCUGGCUGGACUCGGACUACCCCCUGGAAAAGGAUCCGAGCCUGCCUGGUGUGAACAGGGGCCCAUGCAGGACCGACACUGGUCUUCCCGCCUACCUUCGCGACAAGUAUCCUCGUGCCCGGGUCCGGUACAGCAAAAUCAAGGUUGGCACUCUUGGCUCAACCUUCCUUGCCGGGGGCGAUGAGGACGAUGACGAAGACGACAUUUAUGGCGACGACAGGAGGCUGAGUGAGGUGCACAUCUAA